CGUGUGAGAGUUCACAGGGCAUGCAGAGGUCGUGUUGUGCUUUAGCUUUUUAGCCUUUUAGCCAGUCGUGACCAGUAAUGUGAUGGCUUUCCUUAAUUUGUUCCUGAGACGACACUUGCCGCCGGCAGUGUCUCACUUCGCCCGGGUCGUGAAGCUUGUCCGGCCUCACAGCGCCGGAGCGCCGCUGCGGAGGCUGCACUGCUCGGCCCGGCUUCGGAGCUCCGAGAAGGGACCGUGGGUGAAGAGUCGGGGGCCGGAGCAGCAGUUGCUGACGGACCUCGACAAGGCAGAUGCAAUGAUGCUGAGGAAGUCUCAUGAAACAGGAUUCCUCUCGUGGUUCAGGAAUGGCCUGCUGGCAACAGGGGUCGGAGUCAUCGCAUUUGUCCAGAGUGAAGUGGGACGAGAAGCAGCAUAUGCCUUUUUUAUUCUGGGAGGUGUGUGCGUGUCAUUUGGCGGUGCCUCGUACAUUGGCAGCCUCUUUACCUUGCGGAGGAUGAUGCUGCUGUCUGUGCCAGCCUUUCUGCUACAAAGUGUCGUGGUGGGCAGUGUCGCCCUCUUCUGGCUGUGUGCAGUAUCUCUCUACAUCGGCCGACUGGAGGUGGAGAUCAUCCGUGAGGACGAGGAGGAGGAUGAGGAAGAGUGCCGGGAGUGCCGGGAGAGACGUGAACACAGAGGUUACCGCGGCUCCCAAGACAGCAGACACAAUGACACUGAAGACGGUGACAGCAAGGGGUCAAACAAGUAGAGUGUAAAGGAGUGUGUAUUGCUUUGGAUUUAAGUGUGUGUGUGUGUGUGUGAGUGUGUGUGUGUGCGCAAGCAAGCAUGUUUGAAUGUCGGCAGUAUGUGAGUCUAUAGAUACAAAUCUAUUAUUCGUUGUUAUUUUUAUGUAAAGAUGAAAAAAAACUAUUAGAUCUUUUGGAAAACUGGUCAGAGAAAAAUGCCGAAAAUUGUUAAUGAUUUGGUAGUUUGACUGCAUUCACUUGAGGUGAAUAAUUCAGCUUUUUGUAAGAUUUCUUAUAGUCGGAUAUAUUCAACACUGCUUCACUUAUUAUCAAUGUGUCUGAAAUGUGUGUUUUUAUUGUAUUAUUUUUUACAUUCACAAACACACUCAAAGCCUCACUGAGUCAUAUAUUUGUUUACUUUUCACGGCACUGUAUGCAAUCAAUUUUGGGCCAUUUAUUUGGCCUUUCUCGGCCUGCUGUCGUCGGCCAUGUUGUCUUAUCAUCUUGUUCAACAUAAUUAACUGUGAUUGACUACUUGAAGUUUUCAUAAAGUCUUGAAAUAAAACAAGCUGUUGGUUAUGUGCUGUGAGGUCUUGAAAGAAUGGACAUACUUUGUGCAUGGUUCAGGUUCAGGUCCUGUGUCUGUUUCUUUUUAAAAAAAUAGCAACUCAAUGAGGGCUAAGAAUUUAUUUUUACAGAGGUUUUAAUUUACCCUGUAAAGCUUUUAUUUUUAUUUUGAUAUGGGCAAUAGCACUUUUGUCAGUUUUUGUUUUACGUAACAGUAAGUCUAGACUUUUGGAAACAGAGUAUUUUUCACAGCUUAUUCUGUAGUUAUAUUAUUUGUUUGGUAUUGUUGAAACACAUACAGUACCUCAAUGUAACCAUAAACUAUUUUAAGUUUGGGUUUAAUUUCACACUGUCUGGUGAUCAAUAUAAUUUGCUUUUUUAAUGGCUGUAAAGAAUAGUGAAAGAAAAGUUGGGAAUAUUUAGUUUGUAAGUGGGAGUGGGGUUCACUAUUGUUUACUUUUCUUUCCGUCUGCACCACUUCCAAUGCACCUUACUGUACAUACAGUAAUAAAGCGACGGUCAAAAAA